CUUGUUGCUUUAGACUCCGCCCCCUGCUGUGCCUUGGUGACGUCACUGGCCCGGUAGAUAAGAGGCGGCGGCUCCGGUUCUCGGUUUAGUUCCUGUACAGACGCAGCGUCAUGAAGAGCAGCAGCCUGAGCCCCUCCGAGCCGCUGCCCCCGGGCUGGGAGAUGAAGCUGGACCCGCACACCGGGUGGCCCUUCUUCGUGGAUCAUAAUAAUCGGACUACGACGUGGAGCGACCCCCGGGCCCUGGAUAAGGUCAAUCAGAUGUUGUCCAAUGGUCCAUCCCCAGAGGGUCUGAAGUGUGGAAACCUCUACUACCCUCAGCUACGACCUGGUUAUAUACAGAUUCCGAUCCAGCAUGAGGGCUUGGAGAGCAGACAUCAGCCGCCCUUCCUCCAUAUGCAUCAGCCAGGGGUGCAAAGGGUGAGAUCUGAGCCCUCUGGCCAGAGACGGCCUCAGUCUCCUAUGACUGGCCCCAACCGACCUCAGUCUCCUAUGACUGGCCCCAACCAACCUCAGUCCCCUUCCUGGAGCCCCUCAGAAUCUUCUCAGACAGAUAAACAGAGUGGACAGGUCACUGGGUCCUUGGCGUCACGUGGAUCAUCACAAGGACAAUCGCCUCCACUUUCUGAGCUGAGUGGCCCCUCACAAUCUCCUGGAAGGCAGGGUACUGGAAGACAAGGCCAUCAGCUGCCUCGAGGAUAUAUUCCCAUUCCAGUGAUCCAUGAAGGGAACAUACCGCGACAAUCUACUCACAAUGUGCCGCAGAAGACCCUGCAUCCUCAGUCAGAAUCCCAGGUGCACCAGCCAGUGUUUCACAGGGUUCAGGAUGAAAGAGACUCCAGACAACCCUCAAAGACUGUGUCCAGUCGGGAAAGUUCACCGGCAAGAACAACUCCGUCCCCCACUGCUCCGGUCAGAGUGCAGAUUCCAAUACAGAGGGUUUCCCCACCUAAAAGUCAGCUGGAGGUUGAUCCAAACAAUGUAUCUACUGUCCCUGUAAAGAAAUCCUCUCCUACAAAUGUUCCGGUUCAUGUGAGCAUCACAUCAACUUCUCCAGUCCAGGAUAGUGCCUCAAGCAUUGGUCCGGUCCAGGAUAGUGCCUCAAGCAUUGGUCCGGUCCAGGCCUCCUCUCCAAGCAGCCCUCCAGCUCAGUCAAACCUACUGAGGAACUUUUCAGCUCCAAUAAGCUCAUCGUGCACUGAACAGGAGCCGACCAGAAUUGUGGAUGAGGACUGUAGAUUGUUUCCUGAGAAUGUAGAAAAAGAGCAGCAGUGUUCACAAAUCCUGGAAGAGCGAGUGACAGAUGCAGAUGUUCCUCCAGCAGAGCCGGCUGAGCCCCAUAGCCAACACCCUGGAGUACAGCAGAUAGAGAGGAUUUUACACAGGGUCCAGAUGCUACAAGAGGCUGUGGACAACUUCCAAGGCAGCAAGAAUAAGAAGUAUCUAAUGUUGGAGGAGUAUCUGACCAAGGAGCUACUGGCCCUAGAUUCGGUAGACCCUGAAGGCCGUGCUGAUGUGCGCCAGGCUAGGAGAGAUGGUGUUAGAAAAGUCCAGAAUAUUCUAGAGACUUUGGAACAGAAAGCUAAUAAUAAGCCAGCUGUAAACUCCCAAGAACUAAUGGAAUUGGGCGGCACAGUAGAAGAAAGCCAAGGGGCAUCGGGCUCUGCUGGACCAGUGCAGUCAGUGGGGCCCCAGCCGGAGGCAUCUUCUGGUCAGGAAGUCUCUGACCCAACCACAGCUGGUGGACAUUAGUGGCUUGAUCUUUGAAAGAAAGGCUCAGAAGACUUCUGGGCUUCAGUUUAGCAUUUUACAAAGUUGCGUGUUUCAUGUGUGACGGAAGUCAUCUGCAGAAUUGGUUUAUAAGGAAGAAAUGGCUCUGCGGAUCCUGAGAAUGUUUACAGAGCAGCACUUUCUACAUCAUAAAAUUAGGCAGGGUGGAAAUCCAUCCUAGAAAAAUCUUCAUUGAAUGAAGAUUUUCUAUCUUUAUCUAUCGGUUCCGCACGGUUUCAGUCUGUACUGAUACUUGACAGAUGGUGGUGGAGCCUGCAGUACACAGUGGCCUUACAUUCACACGUGACCUAUAUGACCAGUGUUGGUGGGUUUCUGUUUGGGUCUCUAUCGCCCACCCUGUUCUGGACAAUGAUGUCUACACAGGAUGUAGAACUUUCUCUGUAGGUCCGGAUUAUCACCCACAGACCUGAUACUAUAAAUAGGAAAGAUGGUUGGGAUUUACCUAUGACCCUAAAGUCACCAAGAUGUCAAUAUGGCCAGUGUUAUCCUGUGUGGGUCCUAUAUGCACUACCCUUCCCUGAGCCGCUCUAUCGUAUAUCUGCAUUGUAGAUUAGACCUCUGUAUUAUGAAUCGAUUUUGCAUCUUCAACAUAAGCGAACCUAUGGGGUAGGAAGUGGAGCUUAAAGGGGUACUUCGGUGAAAACUUUUUUUUUUUUUUCUUUAAAUCAACUGGUGCCAGAAAGUUAAACAGAUUUGUAAAUUACUUCUAUAAAAAAUUCUUAAUACUUCCAGUACUUAUUUGCGGCUGUAUCCUACAGAGGAACUUCUUUUUUUCAGGGAUUUCUUUUCUGUCAUGACCACAGUGCUCUCUGCUGACACCUCUGUCAAUUUUAGGAACUGUUCAGAGCAGCAUAUGUUUGCUAUGUAUGGGGAUUUUCUCCUGCUCUGGACAGUUCCUGAGAUGGACAGAGAUGUCAGCAAAGAGCACUGAGGUCAGAAAGAAAAGAAAUCCAAAAAGUAAAGAAUUUCCUUUGUAGUAUACAGAACUAAUACGUACUUGAAGGAUUAAGAUUUUUUUUUUUUUUUUAAUAGAAGUAAUUUAACAAAUCUGUUUUAACUUUCUGGCAGUUGUUUAAAAAAAUUCCACCGGAGUACCCCCUUUUUAAGGAAUAAAAUCCAUAGAUGUGACGAUGCUUUCUGCUGACGUGUUAUUCUAGCGCAGAGCGUGGAUCCUACAUGUGAGGGGAGCUCGGCCAUGAGGAGACGUCAAUCACUUCUGGCCCCUGUCUUUGGGAUUUUCUUGGCGUAGCUAUCACUGGUUCGGCCUCAAUGUCUUCACUGCUUAUUAAUUAAUUCAUAUUUCUCCACAUGGACAUUUGGGGCAUAAGAGGUUGUGUAAAAAUGACAAAGAAAUGAAGAAAACUCUAUUGGAAUUCACUCCAUCUAUCACGUCUGGGCUUUAGUCAAUUUAGAGAACUUUUAUAAUUCAUCUCCAUCCUGGGUAUAACGCUCUGCUCGCCCUCAUCAUGUGACUAUCCUGGGUAUAAUGCUCUGCUCACCCUCAUCACAUGACCCUCUCUAUCCUGGGUAUAAUGCUCUGCUCGCCCUCAUCAUGUGACCCUCUCUAUCCUGGGUAUAAUGCUCUGCUCACCCUCAUCACAUGACCCUCUCUAUCCUGGGU